AUGUAUCCAUUCAGAACGAUAACUCAUCCAACUGCUGAUAUCCAGCAUCCUGCGAUUCUGCUGCACACCUCCCAGGGUAAGAGGUACAUCUUUGGUAAGGUUCCAGAGGGGUUACAGAGAUGCCUCAACGAACAGAAGCUUCGAGUAUCAAAGCUAUACGGCAUCUUCCUUACCGGCAAGUUGAACUGGGAAUCGAUAGGUGGACUACCUGGCUUGAUCCUGACUGUCAGUGAUCAGGGGAAAAAGGACCUGAAUCUGUUCCAUGGGUCGAACAUCUUGGAGUAUGUCGUAUCAACUUGGAGAUACUACGUAUUCAGGUUUGGGAUGGCUUUGAAUCCGAGAGUGAUUGCACAACACCAUCCACAUCGAGAUGAGAUUAUGGAUGUGCAAGCAUUUGUGAUUAACUCUUCGAAAUCAGAUAACAAUGAACCCUUGUCGGAUGAGGUUUCCGAGAAGCUUCGAGCUAUAGUCCAGCGCAUGUUUCCAUUAGACGUGAACAAUAACACUCCUGUUGAAAUGGAGAGUGACGGAGUUUCGCAGAAAAGUGAUCCAACUCUAUCAGAUCCUUAUAUUCAUGUUAAAUUACCAGAUAUAGAAGCUAAAGAGGCUUCCACGUGCUAUGCCAUUGAUCUUCACCCUGUUAGGGGUAAAUUUAACCCAAAGAAGGCCAUUGAGCUGGGGAUUCCAAAGGGACCACUGUUCGCAAAGCUGGCAAAUGGGUCUGAGAUAACGUUAGAUGAUGGGACAGUGAUUAAACCAGACCAGGUGGUUUCGGAACAAAGAAUCUUUAAGAGGAUUCUGAUACUCGAUGUCCCCUCGAUAGAUUAUACUGAGUCGUUACUAUCUACACAAUGGGGUGAGAACGUGGGCAUUGUGUAUCAUUUCUUGGGCAAGGAUAUUGACCCAUUUGAUGGUGAAUAUAUGAAAUUCAUCAAAGAGUUUGGCCCUGCAUGUACGCAUUACAUUUCUCAUCCGUUAUAUAGCCCAAACUCUUUGACCUUUAAUGGUUCCUCCAAAGUUAUCCUGAAGCUGAAAACACUGCAAUUGGAUAAGUACAACUUACCAGAAUCUAGUGGAGCUCUAGUGCAGUUACCCCAUGAGAUCCCAGCAAACAUCAAGAUUCUGGUUCAAGGACAAGUUGUCAACAUCGAAGCUGCUGCUGCUGAUUCAGACAACAAGUACACGUUUGAUGAUAGUGCAGUUUCCUUAAAGACAGAAAAGGAUUGGAGCAACACUUACGAUACUGAAGUGACACCUCUUGAUCUUAAAACUAACAAUACAAAAGAACAAGUGCUGGACUUGAAGAACGUUUCAUCAAAUUCAAUUGACCCAAACCAACCUUUGAAGGGUCAAGUGGAAACUAUAACUUUUGGUACUGGUUCUGCCCUUCCUUCGAAAUACAGAAAUGUUAUUUCAAAUCUUGUGAGAGUACCAUACAAGAAGGGGGAAAUCACUCAAUUCAGAUCUAUACUACUGGAUGCUGGUGAAAAUACCCUUGGUAGUAUGAAAAGAACUCUACGUCAAGAGAAUCUUGAAUCUUACAUGAGAGAACUGCAACUGGUUUACUUGAGUCACCUACAUGCCGAUCACCAUUUGGGAAUCAUUUCCAUCUUGAAGGAAUGGCUAAAAUUCAAUACUUCUGAUGACGAUAAGCUAUACUUAGUCACUCCAUGGCAGUACUCUCAUUUUGUUUAUGAAUGGCUUAAGAUGGAGACCGAUAUAUCAGGAAUUGAAAGAAUCGUCCAUAUAAGCUGUGAAGACUUCCUUGUGGGCAAGACAAGGCCUCAGAUUGCACAGAUACCAUUUGAGAGUUUCAUGACAGACAGAAACGAGAACAAGAAAGAAGAUGUGAAAUUUAAAAGAGACUCGCAGUCCGUGAACCAAUUCUUUCAAGAUGUUGGUAUUGAAAAGUUUGAAACUUGUCGUGCCUACCAUUGUGAUUGGGCCUAUUGUUGCUCUAUCAGUUUGAAAUUGGACUCUGACAGCAUGAAUGUGGACAAUGAUAACUCGAACACCUUCAAGGUAUCGUACUCUGGUGAUACGAGACCGAACACUUAUAUGUUUGCUGAAGUUAUUGGACAAAAUAGUGACCUGCUGAUACACGAAGCAACAUUGGAAAAUGAUCUGUUAGAAGAGGCGAAGAAGAAAAGACAUUGUACCAUUAACGAAGCUAUUGAAGUAUCCAAUGUUAUGAAGUCACGCAAGUUAAUUCUUACCCAUUUCUCACAAAGAUACCCUCAGCUUCCACAAAUCUCCAACAAUACAGUUGUUGAAGCAGAUUAUUGCUUUGCUUUUGACUCAAUGAUUGUGAAAUUUAGUGAUAUUGGUGAUCAAACAGAGGUUUUCGACCAAUUGGACAUUGCAUUUGCUAGCGAGAAGAAUGAAAAGGAUGAGGAUUCUUAG